GAGCAUCCUCCAGCACCCGUCGCAGCAUCCCUGGCUGGAGGGGGGGGGGAAGGGCCCCCUCUAUCAUGCUGGUACCCGGGCGGUGAGCUUCCCUCCCAGCCCAGCCCCCCCCCCCCCCGGCCCCGGUCCCUCCACCCCUCCCCCCGGCCCCCCCAAAUCCGCCGGCAUGCGGGGCUGAGGGGCUGGGGCCUCCGUCUAUUGUUCCUGCCCAGGGAGGGGAAUCGAGGCGGGGUGGGGGGGGGAGGUGGCAGACAAAGGGGGCCCGGCCGUCAUGUCCGGCGGCAAGGAGCCUGGGGGGCACCCCCCGGGCCCGGCCCCCCAGCACGCCCAGUACGUGGGGCCCUACCGGCUGGAGAAGACCCUGGGCAAAGGCCAGACGGGGCUGGUGAAGCUGGGCGUUCACUGCAUCACGGGGCAGAAAGUGGCCAUCAAGAUCGUGAACCGGGAGAAGCUGUCGGAGUCGGUGCUGAUGAAGGUGGAGCGGGAAAUCGCCAUCCUGAAGCUGAUCGAGCACCCGCAUGUGCUGAAACUGCACGACGUCUACGAGAAUAAGAAAUAUUUGUACCUGGUGCUGGAGCACGUCUCGGGCGGGGAGCUGUUCGACUACCUGGUGAAGAAGGGGCGCCUCACCCCCAAAGAGGCUCGCAAGUUCUUCCGGCAGAUCGUCUCCGCCCUGGACUUCUGCCACAGCUACUCCAUCUGCCACCGUGACCUCAAGCCGGAGAACCUGCUGCUGGACGAGAAGAACAACAUCCGCAUUGCGGACUUCGGGAUGGCGUCCCUGCAGGUCGGGGCCAGCCUGCUGGAGACCAGCUGUGGCUCUCCCCACUAUGCAUGUCCCGAGGUGAUCAAGGGUGAGAAAUAUGACGGGCGACGGGCCGACAUGUGGAGCUGCGGGGUCAUUCUCUUCGCCCUGCUGGUGGGGGCGCUGCCCUUCGACGACGACAACCUGCGGCAGCUGCUGGAGAAGGUGAAGCGGGGGGUCUUCCACAUGCCCCACUUCAUCCCCCCCGACUGCCAGAGCCUCCUGCGUGGCAUGAUCGAGGUGGAGCCGGAGAAACGGCUCAGCCUGGAGCAGAUCCAGAAGCAUCCCUGGUUCCUGGGGGGGAAGAACGAGCCGGAGCCGGAGCAGCUGGUGCCGCGGAAGGUGUCGAUCCGGCGCAUCCAGUCGGUGAGCGAGCUGGACCCCGACGUGCUGGAGAGCAUGUACUCGCUGGGCUGCUUCCGCGACAAGGGGCGACUCCAGCACGAGCUGCAGGCCGAGGGGGAGAACCAGGAGAAGAUGAUCUAUUACCUGCUGCUGGAUCGCAAGGAGCGUUACCCCAGCUGUGAGGACGAGGACCUGCCGCCCCGCAACGACGCCGACCCCCCCCGGAAGCGGGUCGACUCGCCGAUGCUGAACCGCCACGGGAAACGCCGGCCCGAGCGGAAGUCCAUGGAGGUCCUGAGCGUCACCGAUGGGGGCUCCCCGGUCCCGGCCCGACGGGCCAUCGAGAUGGCCCAGCACAGCCAGAGGUCUCGCUCCGUCAGCGGUGCCUCCACGGGCCUGUCCUCCAGCCCCCUGAGCAGCCCCAGGGUGAGUGUCUGGCGGGCCCCCGGCCGGGGGAGGGGGCGGAGCUGCCCCAUGGGGUGGGGCUGGGGCUGCUAU